AUGGUUGGUGUUCCUGGGAAAUACAAGGGUUGCGAGACUUGUAGGGCAAGGAGGGUCAAGUGUGAUAACCAGCGGCCCAAGUGCAAGAGAUGCAUUGAUGGCGGCCGCGAGUGUGCCGGGUACGAGCGUGAGAGGGUCUUCAUCAUGGCCACUGUCGACGACGCUGGCCGGUGUUCCUCUCAUCCGCCGCGCCACGUCAGCUCGUCCGCUUCGUCGUCGAAGAAGGGCAAGUCAGUCACGCCGGAGACCAAGAAGGGCAAGUCCGUCAGCCCUGAGAUCAAGAAGAGCAAGUCCAAUAGCCCCGAAGAUGAUGUGAUGGAAUUGGCUGCCAUUGAGCCCUUGGCCCCUGCUUGGGAUGAUCUGCUCUUCGUCGAAAACAAGGGCGUCACCUACCUGGUACAAAUGGCCGUGCUCCAGGCAAACGUUCAGAGCAUUGGAAAGGGUAAGAAGAAGGACACUGCCAAGGUUGCCCUGGCGCCCUACGCCCCAUCUGGUCUGUAUUUUCUCAAAAAGGGGCGAGAGCUCGAAGUCACGGCCCAUUCCUUGGUCAGUCUGUCUUCGCCAGACGAGGGCAGUGGUUCGUUGAAUGGAACAUUCACUUUCCUGUUCGAUCAUAACUCAUCCUUCCUCCAAGAGGGUGGUCAGCCUACUUGGCAACUGAACCAGGACAAACUAAGCCGCGUGAGGAAAGCUGGCCCCGAGAGCUACCAAUACUUUCCAGCCCAUCAUUACUUUGUGCGUGUAUACAGACAGACGGCUGUGAUGCUCGCCCUCAUCAACAAGAAGAUGACUUUCCUCGCCGAGGAAGCAUGGUGUACAACCCCUUGGGAAUACCACCCCAAGUCUGUUCUCGACUUCCUCCUCGAUACCCUUGUCUUGCUACCGGGCGUCUUUUCCCGCGCCGACCUCAUCACCCCCAAACAAGCCACGCUGGCCCGUCGUCUGGAGGCCCAAGAACUGCUCUACGACUGCCUUGCCGUUGAAUCACAGCUCGACGGCUGGUACGCUACCCUCAACCCAGCCUCAGACCCCGCCUACUGGGCGGCCCAUUCUGCCAACCCCUCGGUCCUCCCCGCCUCCCAACCGCUGCCGUUCGCCGACGCCUUUUCGUUUCGCGACAGCACGACGGCCCUCGCGCUGAUCACCUACUGGACAGCCACCCUCCUCUUCCGCGCCACUGUCGACCGCGUACACGCCGCAGUCUGCGCGCCAGUCCUCGAGGACUUUCAAAAUAUGUACGCCGACCUGUCGCCCACCCUGCAGAUCGACACGAACAGGUACCGUCGACCGAGAGACUACGCGGCGCGCAUCUGCCGCAGCCUCGAGUUUGCCCUGGGUGCCGGCGUUCAGGUGGACGCCUUGGUCGCGCCCCUUGCGGUUGCCCACGGCGUGUUUCGCGAGAUCAACGCCGUCUCCGCGGACGGGGCGCUUGAGAUGUUGUGGUGUGAGGGGUUCAGGGAGAAGCUGGUGUCUGAGGGGCAGCGGGUUGCCCAGGCUGUCAUGAAUCAAAGAUGGGUUGACCUGGGGCAGUUCUGA